AUGGCUGAGAAAUUGGCUCCUGAGAAAAGGCACAGCUUCAUGCAUAAUGGUCAAAAGGUCUUUGAGUGGGACCAAACGCUGGAGGAGGUGAAUAUGUACAUAGAUCUUCCACCCAAUGUUCCAAAGAAGCUUUUCCACUGUAAGAUUGAAUCGAAGCACGUUGAAGUUGGGAUUAAAGGGAAACCUCCCUACCUUAAUCAUGACCUUACCUGCCCAGUGAAGACAGAUUCUUCAUUUUGGACGCUCGAAGAUGAUAUUAUGCACAUAACUCUGCAGAAAAGGGACAAGGGUCAGACUUGGUCUUCACCUAUAAUGGGUCAGGGCCAGUUAGAUCCAUACACCACAGAUCUUGAGCAGAAGCGCCUCAUGCUUCAAAGGUUUCAGGAAGAGAAUCCAGGCUUCGACUUUUCACAGGCUCAGUUCUCUGGAGGUUGCCCUGACCCGAGGACCUUCAUGGGUGAACCGCCGUCGGUAAUUCAGAAAGCCUUCAAACCGUCGCCGCAAGUUGCUCGCACCGCAGUCGCCACAACUAGGCCCAAACAUCUCCACCACCGUCGCCACAUCACUGUCACCCUUCCACCAACAAUACAGCAGAGACGCUCUGCCGCUUCAGGCAACGAAGUCCGCCUUCGAUCCGCUGGACGCCAUCAGGAUGGCCGAGAAGACUCGAGGACAUUCGUUGAGGAAUUGCCGGAGAAUGAAUCUGUUAAUAAAAAAAUUGCUUACGAGAUUAAGUUUCUGCAAAUUGGCCUUUAA